GUAUUUUUCACACAAUGAUGGAAGUUCGGCGCAGGCGGGCAAAGCCGCAAGACGGCAAGCACAGCUCACAUUUAGAGCACGACGCCGACGCGAUUACAAAUCACUCAAGGACAGUUCAAAAGGAUGAGGGAGAUGGGCAAGUAACUUCAGACAUUUCUAUAGAAAAUAAAAAAGAAAAUCCAUCAAAUUCGACCACAUCAAAACAACUUGUAUCGAGCAAUACAGUUUGUGCUCGAAUCAGAAUCAGUUUGGAAAUUGAUCUGAUAGCAGCAAUUUUAUUAAUUGCGGGCAUUUGCACUCGCCUUUAUCGCCUCGAGGAACCACGCAGUAUCGUCUUCGACGAGCUACACUAUGGCAAAUAUGUCGGACUGUACAUGAAGAGAACAUUCUUUUUCGAUUCCCACCCGCCACUAGGGAAACAAUUAGUCUCCGCGGCAGCAUACUUGGCUGGUUUCGAUGGACAAUUCAAAUUCGACAGGAUAGGAAGUCCUUACAGCGACACGAUUCCGUUGUAUGCGUUACGACUAGUACCUGCAAUAUGUGGCAGCUUGCUGAUCCCCACAGGAUAUCAUCUUGUUCUGGAGCUCGGUUUGAGACAAUGGGCUGCUGCAAUCGCUGGAAUUUUAUUAUUGUUCGAUAAUGCAUUGUUGACACAGUCAAGAUUUAUUCUGAUGGAAAGCAUCUUGAUGCAGUUCUCAUUGCUCGGGUUGCUAUGUGUCGUGAAAUUUCGGAAAGUCAUGGAUCAACCGACAUCCGCAUCUUGGUGGAUAUGGCUGAUAUUAGGCGUCGCGAACUUAACAUGCGCGCUAUGCGUGAAGUAUGUCGCAUUUUAUUCCAUGCUUCUCGCGCUCUUCCUGAUCUCUCGUGAUUACUGGUCCCUGCUUCCGAGGAAGACUCUGUCGUGUUCGAUUCUGUGGAUCCAUUUCUUCGUAAGACUCACCGUGUUGAUCACCGUUAUCGCCACUGUAUACCUGAGCAUAUUCUACGUACACCUGGCGGUACUCCAUAAGGCAGGACCACACGAUUCGGUGAUGACCAGCGCGUUCCAAGCGAGUCUGGAGGGAGGACUCGCCAGCAUCACGAAGGGACAGCCUCUGGAGGUGACGCACGGUUCACAGAUCACCCUUAGACACACAUACGGUAGAGCCUGUUGGUUGCACAGUCACAACCACGUGUAUCCGCUACGGUAUCCCGAUGGUCGUGGCAGCUCCCAUCAGCAACAAGUCACUUGCUACUCGUUCAAAGACGUCAACAACUGGUGGAUCGUCAAGAAGCCGGACAAGAACGACCUGGUGGUGACGAAACCCAGCGAGCCCAUCCGGCACGGCGAUGUGAUCCAAUUGGUGCACGGUAUUACAAGCAGAGCGUUGAACUCCCACGACGUCGCGGCGCCGAUGACGCCGCAGAGUCAGGAGGUGUCGUGCUACAUCGACUACAACGUGUCGAUGCCGGCGCAGAAUCUGUGGCGAAUCGAGAUCACGAACAGGGAUCACUCCGGCGACACGUGGCACGCGAUUCAGAGCCAAGUGCGACUGAUACACGUGCACGCGAACGGAGCGGAGUUCGCGUUGAAGUUCAGCGGCAGGCAGCUGCCAGAUUGGGGUUUCAAUCAGCACGAGGUCGUCGCGGAUCGGCUGGUAGACCAAACCAAUUCCAUCUGGAACGUCGAGGAGCACCGGUAUACCAAGAGUGAGGAUCAGAAGCAGCGGGAGCGGGAGCUGAUCAGUGCGGAGAUGAUACCGUUGCAGGCGACUGCGUUAAGUUUUUGGGAGAAGUUCGCGGAGCUGCAAGUCAAGAUGUUGUUCGGCGGCCAAGAGGGUCAAAACAGCCACAUGUAUUCCAGCGGACCACUUGAAUGGCCGUUCAUGUCCCGAGGAAUCGCGUACUGGGUGUCGAACGAUAGUAACGCGCAGGUGCAUCUUUUGGGGAACAUCGUGAUUUGGUACUCCGGCACGAUCUCAGUGAUGGUAUACUCGACUCUAUUGAUAUUUUAUUUAAUAAGGAGAAGAAGGAAGUGUUUCGACAUUGCUGAGGAAGAGUGGGAAAAGUUUGUUAACAAUGCUUGUGUAUUGUUAGCCGGAUACUUUCUUCAUUUCUUGCCUUAUUUAUUUGUUGAAAGAACUUUAUUUCUGCAUCAUUAUUUACCAGCUUUUAUUUUCAAAGUUUUAUUAACGGCCGCCACUAUUAACCAUCUAUAUUACUUAAUGAGCACUCAUCGCCGAUGGAGUAUUUCAUUAUACAUUUUGACAUGUGGUACCAUCGCUUGGACUCUGUUUGUCAUUUACGUGUUUAAAAAAUUCAUUGUACUCAGUUAUGGCACAUCAGUUCUCAGUGCUAAGGAUGUGAUAAAAUUGAGAUGGAGAGAUACCUGGGAUUUUAUUGUACACAAAACAUAAGAAUCUACUAGGUUUAAAGAUCACAAAACGUAUAUAAAACGUCAUAUUUUUAAUUGUUAUAUAAAAACGCAUUGUAUUUACCAGACAAACAUUAUUAUGCACAAAUAUGUAUAACUAUGCGUUUUCAUAAAUAGAUUUAACAGAUGUUACUGUAUUUAUAAUAUCGCACAUAUAUACGUGUUUAUAAAAUAUUUUUUUACAAUGGAGCAAUCAGUGCCACGAACAUGGGGAGGUAAAUGACAUAGCAAUCAUUCUUUUAUGUAUAGAGAUUAAUCAUGCAUUUGUACAGACUGAUUCUAUUUUAUAAAAUAUUUUGUCUUUAUUUAACAAUGUUAAUCGUUGUAAAGAUAUUUAUGAUAUU